AUGGACGGCGCGUCGCCACUGGAGCAGUACCUGGAGCGCUGCGAUGGGCAGGAUGACCUCUCAACCAGUCCUCAGCUGUUUACUCCCAUGAGCCCUUAUGACGUUGACCUUCCAAUUGAAACAACUGAAGAUGUGCUGUUCAAUUCUCAGUUUAAUCAGCCCAAAGAGCUUCCCACAGACUUCUCCUCUGUGGACCUCAGCUUUCUUCCAGAUAUUACCCAAGAUAAGAAAGAACAACCUGAAGAUGGUGAUGAAAUGCAAAAAGAGCUUGAUGGGUCAAUAUCAAGAAAGGAGGACAGUGGUACCUCCAUGGAUGAAAGCAGCUUGUCUUAUCCAGGUGUAACUCAGCCAUCUCCUGAAGCAUCUGGCACAUGUCUUCCUCUGACACCAAUGACUCCCAUGACACCUGCAUCAGAAAGCUCUGGCAUAGUUCCUCAGUUACAGAAUAUAGUGUCAACUGUAAACCUGGCUUGCAAACUAGAUCUGAAGAACAUAGCUCUGCAUGCCAGAAACGCAGAAUAUAACCCAAAGAGGUUUGCUGCUGUGAUCAUGAGAAUCAGGGAACCACGAACAACAGCUCUCAUCUUCAGUUCAGGAAAAAUGGUCUGCACAGGAGCAAAAAGUGAAGAGCAAUCCCGGCUGGCAGCCAGGAAGUACGCACGGGUGGUGCAGAAGCUUGGGUUCCCUGCCAAGUUUCUGGACUUCAAGAUACAGAAUAUGGUUGGGAGCUGUGAUGUGAGGUUCCCCAUCCGGCUGGAAGGCUUGGUUCUCACUCACCAGCAGUUCAGCAGCUACGAACCUGAACUGUUUCCUGGCCUUAUUUAUAGGAUGGUCAAACCAAGGAUAGUGCUGCUUAUCUUUGUGUCUGGAAAAGUCGUCCUGACUGGAGCAAAAGAACGUUCUGAAAUCUAUGAGGCAUUUGAGAACAUCUACCCCAUUCUAAAAGGUUUCAAGAAAGCAUCAUAA